AUGUACAUCUCCUCUGAUGACAAUGUAGUGGCAGUUCCUCUUUCUAGAGUCUUUGAGGAAGUGGGUGUUCCUCCUUUGCUCUCUGAUGGUAAAGAAGCUCUUGCCGAGGAGGAUGACAGUGUAGGGAUCCCUCCUUUCUCCUCUGAGGACAGGUUUGAAGACGAUACGGAGGACGAUGAGGAGACAGAUGAUAGUGAUGACUCGUCAGAUGCGGUGCCCCACCUGGUGAGCACCACCGUGUCAAGCAACUUCAAAGACUGCAGCCAUUUUUUCUACAUGCAGACACCACCUGCAGGGAUCAGAGGGACGAGCCUGAAGAGGAUCUGCCAGAAGUAUGCUGACAAACUGCGCUACGCCACAUUGUAUGACAGCAGUCGCCGUCUGCCUCUGUACUCAGCCUACAUCUUUAAGAAGUCUGAUGGGAAGAGGAGGAUGGACACACCCUGGAUGUAUGAGCCUCAGUUGGUUUCUGAUGAUGACAGUGGUAACAUGCGGGAAAUUCCCCUGAGUGAAGACACACCUCCUCUGAUCGAGGAUAGCCAGGCUGUGCUGGAGGACUACACGGAUGCUGUAGAAUAUAAACGUGGUCCGCUAAAUCCUGAUCUGCACCAAGCAGAGCCAGAUGACAAAUCUUCCACCUAUACCCUGACCAACGUAGUUCCAAUGAUCAGCGACUUUCUGCACAUCUCUUGGAACCCCUACUUGGAUAUCAUCCGCCGUCGCCUCAACAACUUCUGCCAUGGCAGAGCUUUCAUGGUAACAGGGGUGACUGUUUCAGGGGCCACCAUCCAGCGAGAUAAGAGGGACCGCCUGACAAUCCCAAAACACCUAUGGCUGGCAUACUGCUGUCCAUGGUUUGACCGUAACUCACCAUAUGAAGUGAGGUUUAUGUUCCCUAGUUAUGGGGGCUACGCACUGAAUGGACAGACUGGUCACAGUGUGGUGGAAGUACCUCUAAAGACUCUGGAGAGUUAUCUGAAGAGUCAGGCAGCCAUAGACAGUGACAUGACUAUUUUCUACAAGGGCUGUGUGUCAGAAAACCCAUUAAAGAAGAAAAGGAGCGACCUGAGUAAGACCUUAGAAGUAUACCUGAAAAGCCUGAGUGACAUCAGACACCUCGUAACUAUGGCAUUUUGGGUACAGAUAGGAUUCCUGCUUGUCAGUAUAAUGUCAAUAGCAGUAAGAGGGAGAGUGGAAAAAGAGCUGUCUCCAGAGUGCAGAGAAUUCCUCUACAGGGGAACACCACCAACAGGACUGGAACACCACUCCCUCCAGUUCAUUUGCCAGCGUUACAACAAGAAGCCACGCUACGUGACUCUGUACAACACUAAGGACCAUAUACCUAUCUACUCUGCCUACACCUUUAAACGCUCAGAUGGGGAGAAAUGUGUGGAUGUCCCAUGGAUGUAUGAACCUCAGCUAUCCACACCAUCUGAUACAGAUGAGAUGCAGCCUUUUCCACGUGGUUACAUGCACAUGAAUUUUGAAGACGCCCAAGCUGUUCUGGAUGAUUAUACGAAUGCCAUCCUUUACGAACGGGGCACCCUCAACCCGGACGAGCAUCAGGAUGAACCUGACGACAAGGCCUCCACCUACACCCUCACAAAUGUCGUACCCAUGGUGCCCGGCUUCAACAACGGAGUCUGGAACAAACAGGAGCACAUCAUCCGCAAACGACUCAACAACUACUGCCAUGGAAUAGCUUACGUUGUCACCGGUGUCAUCACCUCGGGUAAGAUGAUCAGCCGGGAAAACAUGAAACGCAUUGCGGUUCCCACCUACGUGUGGUCGGCUUAUUGCUGUGUUGACUACGAUCACAACACACCUUAUAAUGAGCGCUUCAGGCUCCCAUCUUUUGCUCACUAUGGACUCAAUGAGGAAGACAACAACGGGGUGGUGGAAAUGUCUGUCCAGAAGCUUGAAGAGUUCCUCAAGAAGACCACCUUUGUAAACCAGAACUUUCAGAUCUUUGUAGAUGACUGUGUCCCACCAGCAUCCAGUAGAAUUGAACAGAGAAAUAUUUAGGUAUAAGGUAGCUAGCUAUGUGUCUAUGUAAGAAUAAAAGCCCAGAUGUUACUGAUAUCACUAAAAAUAGUGUUCAAGUGAACCAUGACAGUGAGAAGUGAGCCAGCAUGCAUAACACCAGGAUCCAUAAACUAAAGCACCUAAAUGGAAAUGAGCCAUAAUUUAUUUUAUUAUCUACAUCUGGGCAUUUUCCACUGUGGCACAGCAACAUGUCUGCUGUGAAAAAGGUACAGAACCUACAGACUAUUUUCACUGGAGACAUUUUGAUAUGCCAAAGCAGGAAAAGCUUAGGUAAAACAAAUUUCAUUGCAGUGACUCAGUUUCAGAAAGGAACAGUUUAUGAUCUCUCAGAACUGGGUCAUGAGAUGUGCAGACGUUGGAAAUUAAGAGUGUUUUCUAGUUAUUCAGAACAACCAGAUUGGAAGGUGGAGUAAAAAAGUUGACCAUCACAGUUCCUUGCAGGAUAGAACUUGUUUGUCUUGUGCUUGUUCUCUCCUCCUCUUCCCCGACAAGCGUUUUCUUAAACUUGUCAGGAUGGCAUUGUAAAUUGUUUGUAACAUCUUGCCUAGUAAAAUAAAGAUUAAAUGGAAAAAAAAAUCAAAAAUCAAAACAACAGUUGCAUGCACAGUGCGACAACUGUAUAAUUGGCCUAUUUUGAAUGAGAUUGUUUUUAAUGUUAUCAGUUACACCUGUGUCUUUCCUGGUAAGACAUGUCCAAAUGCCUGCUGUGAAAAAGGUCAACCGGAAGUGCACUGUUGCAAAAAUGGGGGGAAAAAGUCCGCUAAUAUAACAUUCAGUGUCUAGUCACACUUACAAUGUAACAAAAAUGUACCUUCUUUGUCUGUUUCGCAGUAAAAAAAUAUAUCUAAAUAUUACAUGAAA